AUGCGAGCCAGACAAGAGCUGCGGCUUCCAACUCCUUCCUGCAGACUCUGCCAAGACGUGGAUCUAGAGCUACAACUGCCGGACUCCAAAAGCUAUAGAUCCACUUGGUUCAGCGCCGCCUCCUUUCCCCGGCACAAAGGCGGCCCGCUGGUCUGGUCCAGGCGCAGAGGAACACAUGAGCACUGGCCUGAAGUCACUGGGGUGGUUAUGAUGAGAAGGAGACCCCAGAGACAGAGCCCAGAGUUAGACCUUAGAUUCAGAGCCCACAGACAGAGCUCACAGACAGACCCCGCAGACAGACCCCGCAGACAGACCCCGCAGACAGACCCCGCAGACAGACCCCGCAGACAGACCCCCCCGACAGACAGACCCCGCAGACAGACCCCGCAGACAGACCCCGCAGACAGACCCCGCAGACAGACCCCGCAGACAGACCCCGCAGACAGACCCCACAGACAGACCCCACAGACAGACCCCACAGACAGAUCCCACAGACAGAUUCCACAGACAGACCCCACAGACAGACCCCACAGACAGAUCCCACAGACAGAUUCCACAGACAGAUCCCACAGACAGACCCCAGAGCUGGUGAGAGGAGAUCUUCUCUCCGUUGGCCAGUGA